AUGAGUGUUACAAAUUGCAGAUUUUAUGAAAGAAAAUUCCCAGAAAUUGGCGACAUUGUAAUGGUGAAUGUCCAGCAAAUUGAAGAUAUGGGUGCAUACGUUAAAUUAUUAGAAUACGAUAACCUUGAGGGUAUGGUCUUGCUAUCUGAAUUAACAAGACGUCGUAUUCGUUCUGUCCAAAAAUUAAUCAGAGUUGGCAAAAAUGAAGUGUUAGCAGUAUUAAGAGUUGAUAAAGAAAAGGGCUAUAUUGACUUGAGUAAGAGUAGUGUCUCUCCUGAGGAUGCUGCCGAAUGUGAAGAAAGAUAUUCCAAAGGGAAAGCUGUUCAUUCAAUUUUGCGUCAUUGUGCUGAAAAGUUCAAUGUUCCUUUAGAAACAUUAUAUAAAACAAUUGGUUGGCCCUUAAGUCGAAAAUACGGCAGUGCUUACGAUGCCUUCAAAUUAUCAAUUACAAAUCCAAAAGUAUUUGAAAGUAUCACCCCUCCCUCCAAUGAUUUAUUAGAAGAAUUGAAGACUUAUGUCUCAAGAAGAUUAACUCCCCAAGCCACCAAAAUCAGAGCUGAUAUUGAAGUCUCUUGUUUCCACAUCGAAGGUAUCGAAGCCAUAAAAAAAGCUUUGAAAGCUGGAGAGCUUUUAUCUACGGAGCAUAUUAAAAUCAAAGCUAAAUUGAUCGCUGCUCCUCUAUACGUUUUAUCCACCCAAAGUCUCGAUAAAGAUAAAGGUAUCCAACUAUUAGAACAAGCAAUUCAGGCCAUCGGACGAGAAAUUGAGAAAUUCGAUGGUGAGUGUAGAGUCAAAAUGAGUCCAAAGGCUGUUACUGCCAACGACGACGCAGAGUUGAAGGCUCUAAUGGAAAAUGAAGAAAGAAAAGCACAAGAAGUUUCUGGUGAUGAAGACUCUGAGGCAGAAUAA